ACGGUUGGUGUAUCCCCGCCUCCCCUAUAUUAUGAGGGAACUUGAGUCCCCAUCUCCACACUAGACAAUCCCCUUCUCAAUUUCCUCCAUAUUGAGGUCGAUUUGCCUCCCCAAUCCUCGGCAAUUCUUUCCGUUGCUUCUUUCCUUGGAAGGUGAAUCAUGGCGGCUGCAGGUAACUCCUUCCUCAACCAGGAGUUAGUGAAGGUGGCCGACGGGGUGUCGGAUUGGCACCUUCCGAGCUCUAGCCAUGGUGGUACUUGCCACACGAACACUCGUGGUGCUCCAAUCACCGUGGGGGUCCCCGACUUAGGGUGCCCUGUUUCUAGCAUAGGCAUGGCUACGUCAAGCUCUCUAAUGCCAAAGGAGGGCCUGACAACCGCUAGUUACAACUCGGUUGUUGCCUUUCCAGUAGGUGCUACGAUGGUGCCUCAACAACAGCAGACGCAAGCUGCAGGUAGCAACGACAACCCAGGGUUGGUCAAAGGAGGGUGGACAAGGGAAGAGGAUGAAGUUCUUAGGCAAAUGGUGAGACACCAUGGAGAUCGCAAGUGGGCAGAGAUUGCAAAGAGCCUCCCAGGUCGGGUUGGGAAGCAGUGCCGCGAGAGAUGGACCAACCAUCUGCACCCGGACAUCAAGAAAGACAUCUGGACAGAAGAAGAGGACAGGAUGCUGAUCGAAGCACACCAAACUUAUGGGAACAGCUGGUCGGCGAUUGCCAAGCAGCUUCCUGGACGGUCGGAGAACACCAUAAAAAACCAUUGGAAUGCGACCAAGCGAAGCCUGAACUCAAAGCGGCGACUGAGAAAGAAAAACAGCGAGCAAACUGUGCCAGGGCAGCCUUCCCUCCUUGAAAGUUACAUCCGUAGCUGCCAGCACAUGCUUCCCAGUGAAACUGUACCGCCACCGCCCGCACCAUUUGACAUCAGCAGGUAUGGCAAUAGUGGGGUGAUAGGUGCAAGUCCAACUCUACCCGUUGUGCAGGAGCCAGGCACCUCCACACCACCAGGAUUGGUAAUGUUCCUUGAUCUACUCAACCAGGCCAUACCGCACCCACCGCAGCCAGAGACCAUGGACUUGUUCAACAUGACACCGGAGGUAUCACACCUCAACACUAGUGGAUACUGUCUACAGCUCGAUGCAGGGGGCAACCUGUAUUAUGGCCGGCUACCAGCACCAGCACCGGUGCAGCCACAUGGGAUCAGUACCCAGGAGCUGCAGGAUACUCCGCAACUAAGCCUGUACUACCCGCUGUCGUCAUUUGCCGGGAGCCACACGGAUGGCACUGUGGAGUUCAAUCACCAGUUGUCCAACCCGAACGGCGGCCACUAUGGCGAGGAGGCAGGCCCAAGUAGCGUCGCCACUGGUGGCAGCGCCAAUGGCAUGGAUGACAAUGACGUCGUCCAAAUGGCGUCCAACCAGUUUAUGAUGCCAUCUGAGGAUGAGGGUAUUCUUGACCUGGCCAGGUGGAUCAACUGA